AUGGCAACGACAACAGCAACUGCCGAUCCGGCGCUCAACAAGGAGUAUCAACAGGACACUGCCGUCCAGGACCAUGCCGUUGAGCAUGGCACCAACGGUGCAACCAACCAACGAUACUAUGGCGGAAACCCCCUCGCACACACAACCACGACAGAAUCAGCACGUCUGCCUGCCUUUGGUGGUGAGUUCCAGCCAGGUCUUUACAGGCCCAAUGACCACCGCAAGUUUGCCAACCCGGCCCCUCUUGGAUUGAGUGCUUUCGCCUUGACUACCUUCGUCUUGUCCCUCAUCAACAUUCAGGCUAGAAAUGUAUCGGAAACGAAUAUUAUGAUUUCUUUAGCUUUUGGAUACGGUGGAUUUGUCCAGCUUUGCGCUGGCAUGUGGGAGGUCGCUGUUGGAAAUACUUUUGGUGCCACGGCUCUUUCGUCAUACGGCGGCUUCUGGAUUUCUUUUGCAAUCAUCCUCACCCCAAGCUUCAAUAUCGCGGCUGGAUACUCCCCCAAGGACGCGGCAACAGGAAAGCUUACAGGACAUGGCGUCAAUGAUUUCAACAACGCCAUGGGAUUUUUCCUCCUGGGCUGGUGGAUCUUCACGACCAUUUUGCUGAUUUGCACUCUCCGCUCCACCGUCGCCUUCUUCAUGCUCUUCUUCACUCUUGACAUCGCAUUCCUGUUGCUCGCCAUUGGCCAUUUACAAGCCGAUGCCGCCGGAAAGGGGAACCUUGCAUGCCAAAAGGCCGGUGGCUACUUUGGCUUAUUCGCGGCGCUCUUGGCGUGGUAUAAUGCCUUGGCAGGUAUUGCCGAUUCUAGCAACUCAUUCUUUGUCAUUCCUGUCGCCCACUUCCCAUGGUCUGUAAAGGGACGCGAAGAAAGAACUGUUAUCAAGUCCGAGCGCGACACUGUUUAA